GGAUGGGUGUCAGGGGAUGCAGGCUGUGUACGGGAUGGGUGUCAGGAGACGCAGGUUGUGUACGGGAUGGGUGUCAGGAGACGCAGGUUGUGUACGGGAUGGGUGUCAGGUGCACAUGCUGUGCAUGGGAUGGGUGUCAGGGGGCGCAGGCUGUGCAUGGGAUGGGUGUCAGGGGGCGCAGGUUGCUGUGCAUGGGAUGGGUGUCAGGGGGCGCAGGCUGUGCUUGGGAUGGGUGUCAGGGGACGCAGGCUGUGUAUGGGAUGGGUGUCAGGGGGCGCAGGCUGUGUAUGGAAUGGCUGUCAGGUGGC